AUGUCGUGCUGUGCUUUACAGAAUACUGGGAGAGGGGUGUUGAGGCGGACUGAAUGGGCGGGGUUGAAGGCUUGCAGGAAGCUUGAUGGUGGUCGCCGGACAUUCUUUGGGCCAAAGAUUAUUCGAGAUUAUGAGGAGCUGCCGAAGAGUUACAGGGACCAAGCUGGGCUUGCCUUUAGCGGAAGGGACUUGUCAGAGGCGGAGGUCGACAAGAUAUUCGGUAGGCGUAUUGGCGGUAAAAGGGCGAAUCACCUGCUGCGAAUAUUACACGGCAGAAGAGUAUCGGGGACGCUGGAAGAUCCUGCCUUUGCGAUACAUACGGCGCAGUUUACAGAGGAGGAGAUUGCCAGGGCCUUGGCGUAUCUGCGGAAAACGGUGCCAGUGGAAGAGAUUAGGAACGCGGGCUUGAGAGCAGAGGACGAGCUGGAACAGAUGGAGCAGGACAUGGAGCGGGCAGCUGAAAAGAAGGCAAAGGCCAACAAGGGAGAGGCUAAAGAAGAGGAGGAAGACGCAGCUGAGGUUUACACGCCUGACCCUAUCUACGGCCGAAGUAAGAUUGACGAGCUGCGAGCUCGGACUAAAGCUAGGGAAAAGGCCAGGGAAAAGGCUCUCGAGGAAGAGCGCAAGGCUAAAGAAGCUGUUGAAGGCGUUUCAGGUCCAUUGGCGAAGCGAGAUAACCAAGUCCGGGAGAUUACGAACCCUAAAGUGGCGGAAUACUACAAGGCUGCGCAGUCAGAAAUGGAGGCGCCGCCGGAGCUGAAGCCCUGGGAACGAAUUCUACCUUCUGCGACUGUUGUGGCCCUGGUACUUGGAUUCUUCGCUGCGGUGGCCAUGGUCUAUGAAGAGCCGGCGCCGCGGUACAGGCUGUUCCAGGAGAUAUCGACUGCGCACGCAACGGUGGCAGCUCUGAUUGGCAUCAAUGCCCUGGUAUACUUGGGCUGGAGGGUGCCGCCGCUAUGGCGCCUCUUUAACAAGUACAUGAUCUUUGUCGUGGCCACGGUUCGGCCCGUCACGCUGUUUACCGCGGCGUUUUCGCACACCAAACUCAGUCACUUGCUGGUCAACAUGGUGCCCCUGUGGUUUGUCGGAACGUGUCUCCACGACGAGAUUGGCCGCGCGGACUUCCUCGCGCUGUAUCUCGGCUGCGGCUCCGUAGGCUUCCUGGGCAGUCUGAUCACGUAUACGCUCAGGGGCUGGCUGACGGUCACGUCGCUGGGCGCAUCGGGAGCGACGCUGGGGCUGUGCUCGGCGUACUUUUGGGAGCAUCGCACGGACGGCUUCAAGAUCUUCGGGCUGCCACAAGACGGCGUCCAUGGCAUUGUGUUUUUGGCGCUGAUCACGGCGGUGCAAUUGGCUGGUUUGGGCAAGACGGUGAAGCUGAAGGUGGAUAUCGCGUCGCACAUUGCGGGGAUUGUGGCUGGUAUUUUGGGUAUUGAGCUGCUGAAUAGGACGGAGAGGAGGAAGACGCCUGCGGAGGGGGACAAGACGGUGAUUGACAUCUUGUCUGGGGAGACGAAGACGAAGACGCAUGGGGUGGCUGAUGGGGGGAACUAG